ACGCCACCUGUGGGAAAACUUGCUCCAGGGAGAGGAGGGAGAAGGAAGGCUGCUCCAGCCCCAGGAUGGCUCUGAGCCUCAAAGGCAGUGCUGUGACUGUCCCAGAAACGCUGCUCUUCAUCUCCACACUGGAUGGGAACCUCCACGCCGUCAGCAAGAGCACAGGGGAUAUCAAGUGGACUCUGAAGGACGAUCCCAUUCUGCAGGUGCCGGUGUAUGUGGCAGAGCCAGCAUUCCUUCCAGACCCCAAUGAUGGCAGCCUAUAUAUCCUGGGAGGAAAGAACAAAGAAGGUUUGAUGAAGCUGCCGUUCACCAUCCCAGAGCUGGUGCAGUCGUCGCCGUGCCGCAGCUCCGACGGAGUGCUCUACACUGGGAAGAAGCAGGACACCUGGUUCAUUGUGGACCCCAAGUCCGGGGAGAAGCAGACCACCCUCUCCACAGAGGCCUGGGAUGGUCUGUGCCCAUCCAGCCCCUUGCUCUACAUCGGACGGACCCAGUAUGUCAUCACCAUGUAUGACACCAAGUCACGGGAGCUGCGCUGGAAUGCCACCUUCUCCGAGUACUCGGCCCCGCUCUGCGAGGAGUCCUACCACUACAAAAUGGCCCACUUGGCCUCAAGCGGGGACGGUCUGGUGGUGACCCUGGACAAAGAGAGCGGGGAGGUCCUGUGGGCACAGAACUAUGGCUCACCUGUGGUCGGCAUCUACCUGUGGCACCAGGACAGCCUGCGCCGCCUCCCCCACCUCAACCUGGCCAUGGAGACCCUGCGCUAUCUGACCUUCCAGUCACAGGACAUCCAUGUCCUCAAGUGGAGCUACCAGUCCGUCAAGGACUUCGCUGCCACCAAGACCCAGCUGCUGCCAGCGCUCUACGUGGGAAAGCACGCGGCCAGUUUCUAUGCCGUGACCUCCCUGGUGCACGGCAGCGUGGCACUGGUGCCCCAGGGCAUCACGCUGGCCAGGAUCGACGGCCCCACCACGGACGAUGUGACCAUGAGGGAGUCCGGGGAGUGCGAGAUCACGCCCAGCACCAACGUCAAGUACCCGCAGGGCAGCAUCACCUCACUUCACAACCAGUGGCUCCUCAUAGGGCACCAUGAGCUGCCUCCCGUGGUCCACACCACGAUGCUGCGAGCCUUCCCAGAGAACCUGAGGAAAACCACAGAAACCAUCAUCCCCAGGGCUCCUCCCAGCAGGAAUGUGUUCGAUGAUUUCCUGGCCCCGAGCAGACUGGAGGAGCAAGCUGUCCCCAGCGAGAGGCAGCUCCACCCAGAUCCCAUGCCGGGGGAGCAGCUGGAGGUGUAUCCUGACUCUGGCACCUGGGACCUGGUGAUGGCUGGCAUUGGCACGACUCUGCUGGGCGGGGGAAUACUGGUGCUGCUGCUCACGAAACUGCAGCAGCAGCAUGCAGCACAGCAGCAGCAGCUGGAGGAGCAGAUACAGCUCCUGCAGCAGCAGCAAGAGAUGCUGAGCCAGCGCCGAGUCUCCAGGGAGGCCAUCCCUGAGGAGCCCAGGGAGCUGGAGCUGAGCCAGGGAAGUGCAGCAGAGCUCUCACAGAGCUCCAGCCCCUCAUCCUGCCUGAAGGACCCAGCUAACGGGACACUCUGCCCAGAGCCAGCUGGCCCAGUGGCUGCUGAAGAUGCAGAACCAGACCUGGUUGUAGUUGGAAAAGUUUCUUUUAACCCCAAAGAUGUGCUGGGCCAUGGAGCUGGAGGAACUUUUGUAUUCAGGGGGCAGUUUGAGGGCAGGAACGUGGCUGUGAAGCGUCUCCUGCCUCAGUGCGUGCACCUGCUGGACCGCGAGGUGCAGCUGCUCCGCGAGUCGGACGAGCACCCCCACGUCGUGCGCUACUUCUGCACCGAGAGGGACCGGCAGUUCCACUACAUCGCCAUCGAGCUGUGCUCUGCCACCCUGCAGGAGUACGUGGAGAGCCCCAGCUUUGACCGCCGAGGGCUGGACCCGGUGUCCGUGCUGCGUCAGACCAUGUCCGGGCUGGCCCACCUGCACUCCCUCAGCAUCGUGCACCGUGACCUGAAGCCCUGUAACAUCCUCAUCUCUGUCCCAAAUCGCCACGGGCAGAUCCGCGCUGUCAUCUCCGACUUCGGCCUCUGCAAGAAGCUUCAGGGGGGACGACAGAGCUUCAGCCUCCGCUCCGGGAUCCCCGGCACUGAGGGCUGGAUCGCGCCCGAGGUGCUGCAGGAGGCCCCGAAGGAGAACCCUACCAGUGCUGUGGACAUCUUCUCCGCCGGGUGCAUCUUCUACUAUGUGGUGUCGGGGGGACAGCACCCCUUUGGGGACAGCCUGCGGCGCCAGGCCAACAUCCUGGCGGGCUCCUACCAGCUGAGCUGCCUGCAGGAGGAGGCUCACGACAAACUCGUUGCAAGGGAGCUGAUUGUGGCCAUGAUCAGCUCUGAGCCCCAGCACCGGCCCUCGGCCCCUGUGGUCCUUGUGCAUCCCUUUUUCUGGAGUCAGGAGAAGCAGCUGCAGUUCUUCCAGGACGUCAGUGACCGUGUGGAGAAGGAGCCAGCCGAGGGGCCCAUUGUCUCAGCCCUGGAAUCGGGGGGACGGGUGGUGGUGAGGACCAACUGGAGGAUGCACAUCUCCCUCCCACUGCAGAUGGACCUGAGGAAGUUCCGCACCUACAAGGGGGGGUCAGUGCGUGACCUGCUGCGGGCCAUGAGGAACAAGAAGCACCACUACCACGAGCUGCCGGCCGACGUCCGGGUGGCCCUGGGCUCUGUCCCCGAGGGCUUUGUGCAGUACUUCACCUCCCGCUUCCCCCGGCUGCUGCUGCACACGCACGGGGCCAUGCGGCUCUGUGCCCACGAGCGCAUCUUCCACUCCUACUACUGCCAGGGCCUGAGGGGCGACGGCGCCUGAGCAGCCA